AUUGUACACCAUUGUAUUGAAGCUGACAGUAUGUCAUUAGCAGUGAGAGUACAGACAGAAUCACAGAUGACAGUGCAACUUUUUACAAUUAAAAAUACAACUGCAGGCGUGAAAUUACUAGAGUGUGAUAAAUGCUUUACAUCAGUUCCAAAAUUAAUAGCACAUCUAUGUCAACAUAAAGAAUGCCUUCCUGUUCCAUUGUUACUACCACUACCAUUGCUGAUUUCAAAAAGUAUACAAGAACUGUCAGCCUUAGGUUUACUCGGACCAGAUUUUUGGACUUCAUCAAUGAACCGUUCAGCUACACUUCCUGCUAUUGAAUUACUUAAAGUAUCACCAAACAAAGUAUACAAGAGUGAAGCAUAUGUACCUUUAAAUGAUGAUGACAAACAAUCUGUUGUGCAAUCUACAACCAUAGUACAGAAUGUGUCAGUAGCAAGUCCAACAUUACAACCUAGAAGUUAUACUAUGCCAGCUGUUCAACUUAAUAAUACAACAAUACCUGUUAGUUUUACCAACCCUGCAUAUCGGACUGGAAGCAUGUCUAGUCCUCCAGCUAAGUCUCCUCCUGCUAAGUGGGUUGAGCUAUCAUCGCAGUUUGAUUCGGAUUCUAAUAAACGAUAUCCUGCUCCUGCUGGGGCACCACCUCCACCACCAGCUAAUCAAGUACCUUUGUAUUAUCAGAACCCUCUGCACAGUAGUUCAAGUGAAAGUUCACCCAGGGUUGAACGCUCCUCGGGUGAUUAUUAUUCUCCGUAUGAAGCCACAAAGCAGAAUCAUUUGCCGCCGUCGUCUUUUGGAAUGUAUAUGAAUCAGCUGCCACCGUCUAUGUUGGGACCAUCGUUAUUACCUCCGAAACGCGAUGGUACUGCACCUGUAAUCCCUUCACCAGAAGAUCCUUAUAACGUACCUAGUACAGGAAGUCAAAAUCCUUGGGUACCUUCAGAUCAACCAUCUUCAUCAGCAUUUUCAGCUUCAAAUCGAUUUAUGCUGUCUCCAGGGCCCAGUACAACUAGCAAUAGACUUAGUGCAUUGUCUGGCAGUUCUCAGCUAGGAGGUAAUAGCAGUGUUUCAAGCAGUAACACAUCUAGGAAUAGUUUUGACAGUACCGGCAUAUCAACAGUCUUAGACAAUAUGAGUGGUUCAAGUAAUAGGACUAGUUUUACAUCAUUUGGAAGUGACAUGUCAGCUGUAUCAGCCUCAAACGAUGAAAAUAGAUCGGAUAUCUUAGAUAUCAGGGUGCCAUCCUGUGAUGCGUCAAUUCUAAAACCAGUUAAGUCACCUGUCAUACAACGACCAGGUGAAACACUCAAGGCAUUUGAUCCUUUGAACUCUGCAUCCAGUCUUCCUGUGAAAAAGAAACAAGAUUGGGAAACAUUUUCUGAUAGUAAUAUCAGUGUCAAUUCAAUGAAUGUGGCCAAAUGCUCUGCACAAGAUAAUUUAAACUGGGCAUUUACUGGUACGGAUGAGAAAAGAUCUACUGUGAGUAGUUAUACCUCUAGUGUUUUUAGUACUGACUCUGUGUUUCUACCGGAAAAUGAAGCGGGAUUCUCAGAAUUUAAUGUUGAUGAUGUCAAUACACCAAUUCCACGUGGAAGAUCAUCAGCUAUAUCAAGGGACAGUGCCUCUUUGAAACCAAGCGUUGCUAGUUCUGGGACUGUGUUUGACGACCCUUGGAAUAGUAAUUUGUGGGAGGAUUUGAUGAAUCUGGGGGAAACAAAACACCAACCAUCAUUCACCAAUUCUACUGAUGAGUCAUCAGCAAAUGAAAAAUCAGUGCAGACAAAUUUAACUUUAGAAAGGAACAGUGAUACUUCUGCCACCCAGACAAAAAGAAACACUCGUGGGAGAACAUCAAAAAAGAAUAAAACACCAUUCUCACCAAAAAAUAAGGAUGGUGGAUUGAUGAUGAGUAUCUUUUACCUGGAUGAUGACCAUGCUGCUUUACUAGAAGAUGAUGAGAAAGAAAAUGAACCUGAUAAGAGUAAUCGAAGAAAAUCUUUGGGAUUAAAAGAAAAAUUCAAGCCAUUACUAACUCCACCAUCAAUGGUUUUAAAACGAAGGAAGCAAGAUCCAAGUCGGAAAAUACAAGCGUACAUUAUCAAGAUGUCUACUAACAUGAAUAUCACAUUUGGACAUUCUGUGGUCAACUUCAUCCAGUGUACUAAAGAAAGUACUGAGAGUAAUUCAGCCACUGUUAUGAGAAAUGUCCGACAGUUUAUGAAUGGCAUAAAACAUCAUUUAAUCCAAGAAGAUAUUGGUUUACAAUGUGUACUUAACAGAGAAAAAGCCAAGCUGGGACCAGAUGAAUCCCUUGAUAAUGAAGAUGCAAUAAUUGAAGGUGCUUUACAUAAAUGUGUGAUAAAACCACUGAAAGCACACAUCUACCAAUGCCUUACCAGAGAGUACAGCAGGUAAGUGAUAAAACCAUUGAAAGCACACAUCUACCAAUGCCUUACCAGAGAGUACAGCGGGUAAGUGAUAAAACCAUUAAAAGCACACAUCUACCAAUGCCUUACCAGAGAAUACAGCAGGUAAGUGAUAAAGCCAUUGAAGGCACACAUCUACCAAUGCCUUACCAGAGAGUACAGCAGGUAAGUGAUAAAACCAUUGAAAGCACACAUCUACCAAUGCCUUACCAAAGAGUACAGCAGGCA